CAUUAGGUAUUUUGAACAUCAAUUAUCUAUUUGCGUAUGCAGGGACGGAUUAUAGCGUGAGCAUGAAUCAUGUCACCUAAGCAGGGGCGGAUUUGAAGGCCGCGUUCCUUUCUUCCUGAGGUCUCGAUGCAAGUCGCAGUUGUGGAACUCAACGGCUGCAGCAAGUCCGGUUUAUGCUCUACAUUGAAUCCCGCACGCAACCUAUCAUUUAGCGGUAUUGAGGUACCUGGAUCUGAGAUCUCAAAAACAUUCCCAGUUUUUUUCCGUGCUUAUUCAAUUCAAAUCAUUAGUGGAACAACGGGAAAGAAAAAAAGAAAUAAUGACGCCUGACGGAUCCGCUGCAUCCUCUAAAUCUCCUUCUCCGUUCCCACCAACUCACGCUCGUUCAAAAGAGCGUAUUGGCUCGACCAUUAGACGCUCCUGGAAGGGGGCUGGCUCAUCCCAAGCUCCUAGGGCAUCAUCGUCGAAAAGCAGUGCUGGUGAUUCAGCCAUGCUGGACCCGAGUCGGCACCCAGACGCGUACGCUCGUCCAGAGAAUCAAUUUGGAUCGGCUGGCUCAUCGCUUACGCCAUACCCCCCAUACUCUAAUCAAACUUUACCCGACGGGGGGUCUUACGGAAUCUCUGCAGGAACUCCUGCCCCUUCACACUAUCCCGAUUCUCAUCCUCCACCAUCUUACCCAACACAGCUAGCGCCUCCUAUCCACGAUCAUCAAUCGGGUAUUCAACCGACUCACGCCCAGUCACCUCGAAGUUUAACGCAAUAUUUGCACACACAUGAUUCAAUGCGUCAACCAUCCGCGGCCCGCACAUCCUUCAUGAAUUCAGCACCCGACUCACCUCCCUCUGAAACCCCAGAACCCCAAAUCGCAACCAUGUACUCUGUAGGGCCGCCCGUAUCUAAAAAGAGAAGAAGGGAAAGCACUACAGACCAACUUUCGGGUGAUACGGAUUUGGCGGACCCUGAGCUUUAUUCCCCUUCAGGGAGUCAACACCUUUCCGUCUCUGGCCCCAGGAAUGCUGGAAGCGCCAAGGACACCCCUCCCUCCUCGGGCGCUGCCACGGGUGCUUCCGGGGCUGCGAGUAAACGUACCAAGACACAACGAGCUUGUGAUAGUUGCAGAGGACGGAAAAUUCGAUGCGAUAUCAUCCCCGAUUCGAACCCUUCGCAGUGCACACAUUGCCGCUCGCAUGGAAACGAGUGUACUUUCCACUUGCCAAUUACAGAGACUCGUUUCAAGCGAAGAAGGAAUGACAAUAUCGAGGAUGAUUCAUCACGGACAAAGGACAGAGAUGCUAACGACUCUGUGGGAUCGAAAUUACCGUCGAAUGGGCCAGCCAGUCAGCAGACCGUGCAGUCUUCACAUGCCUCAUCUAGCCGCUCAAAGUACGAUGCGCCUCCAGUGGGUGGUGUGGGACCUAAUUAUAGGCCCGAGGGCAAAAUUUACGGUCCAACCUCUCUCAACUACAUACUUCAGACAUCUAUGCCACAAAUACAUUCCACAUCUGCGGACACAUCAAUCUCUUACCAGCAAGCCUGGAAGGUGAUUCGCUCCGGUGAUGGCUUUAUAGAAGUUCUGCAAGACACCGGACCCGACCCGUAUUUACCACGAGACUCUGAACGAGGACCAGAGCCUGUCGAGCGCCAUGUCCUCGAAAGACUCGUCAAUUACUAUUUCAAAAACAUCGCUCCCAUUUUCCCCAUCGUGACUGAAGACGAGUUUCUUCAUGGGACAGGGGACAGCGCUUCGUCUAACUACAGACCGUCUCCUGUUCUCCUUUAUGCCAUAUGUGUCAUGUCGGCUACCGCCCGGGGUACCCCGCUCUCCGUCUUUGAGAAUCUGCGCAAAAUCCUCAAUCACAUCAUGAAAACUGAUGAUGUUGUGUCGAAUGCAUCCCUUUCGAAUAUACAGGCGUUGCUGAUUAUGGGUAUGACAGGCGAGCCACAUGGUCGUGUCGUCAGCCAUGCGAUGUCAGCUGGGUGGCUACGGGUUAGCACUGCGAUCCGAAUGGCACAAGAUUUAGGGUUGCACCGUGCCGAGGCGGUGAAAAGUGAUAUACAAUUGCGUCGGCGGUUAUGGGCGGCGUGUGUCAUUACAGAUCGAUGGUAUGGCUUGACAUUAGGGUUACCAUUCAUGAUCGACGUUCAUGAUUGUGACGCCCGAUUGCCAGGACCCGAACUGCCGACCACUCAAUCUCAUCUGACACCAGCCGAGAUUCAACAAGCUACUUCGCUGUUGUUUAUGGGAGAAUUUGUCAAAUUGAGUGUGUUGUUGGGGAAAGUUACCAGGACCAUUUACAGUCCGACGGGUCUCAUUCACACGACCGAUGAGGUUCUCGAACAUCUCUUGGCGGAGCUCGACAGGUUCGCAGAGAACAUACCGCCAGAGCUUCAGUAUCAAGGACGGGACUCCAACAUCUCGGCGGGACUUUUGCACAUGUUUUAUACAUGUGUGUGCAUGAUGUUCUGGAGGGUGUUCGCCAGGAUUCAGUACACUGUCCCGGCUCACUUGACAUUUUCGUUGAAUGUGGAGCGGUGGAGUGCGCUGACGAGAUGGUCUGGUGAAUCGAUUGACUGGCUAGAUGCGCAUGAACAUGUGUACGACUCGUGGAUUCUUGUUGCGUACUCCAUCGCAUCGUGCGCUUUGGUUCAGUAUCAUACGUGGGCGAGGCGGAAAGACCCCGAUGCUCAGGCAUGUCUUGGACGCCUGAAGGAUUGUGUGCAACGUUGGGAUCGCGCGGUAGAACCGGGGCACAUGCCCACCCGCCGGAAGACAGCGGAGAUUAUAUCUCUCCUGUACGAAGCGACUCAAAGCCCGGUGCCGAGGAACUUUUGGCCCAAGAACCCGACAGCUGGUGUUGAGAGCCGAAACCAGGAGGAUGCGGAUGCCCUUGUGUGGAAGAAGGAUCCGUCGCGUCCAGGAGGUGGCCUUUUCAUUGCUACCCAACGCGCAGCCAGGGCUCUUGGCAGUGAUAUACCGACAGGUACACUUGUCGUUCCAGACCCUCAGAACGGGGAGGAAGCAGAGAUUAGCACGGAGCUGUACACCAACGAGAUUGUGUAUAAUCAUCCGACAAUGGCCAACGGGGGCCCUGUCGAUGUUGCCUCGUUGACACCUCCACCUGGUGAUUCUUUUGUUCUAGUUACCACGCCACUUCGCCCCGUGGAUGAUGCUUCUGCACCUCAGACAAAUGUUAAUCCUGGGAUGAAUUCACAGAAUGAAGUUCCGCGUGGAGUGCAGGUCAUUAACAUGCUGGAUCAGUAUCAACACCCUACAACCAUGCAAUCUUCGAUGCAACAGUACGCUGCUGUGAACAAUGGUUUACUGGAUGGUAUCCCUGCAACAAUGUUUGAAUUCGACCAAUGGGAUAGCUUCUUCCAGCGUCUUCACAUGCAAGCAGACGGGCAAACGUACCAGACACAUGUUGGUCCGCCAAAUGGAUACCCUAGUGUGGAUGGGAGCUUGCCCGCUGUUAAUGGGUAUGGACUUCAGCCAUCCCAAUCGUUCUAAUGGUUAUUAUUUGGGUUGGUUUUCCUUUGUAUCCCUUGUUAUCCCCCAUAGAAGCACUUGCUCGGUAUUCCUUGUCACAUUUCAGGAUCUGUAUCAAUUCCCUGUCAUCCGCUUUGUCGCACAACUUACAUAUACUGUUACAGCCUUGCGAUGUGUAGUUUUAGUAAUUUUUCUGUCGGGUGUUCAGGGGAGGAAAUCGAUUUGUUUUGGUUGUGGC